AUGAGACCCUCCCCGCCCGGCAUGGUCCUCAACCUGCCCGCCCACACCCAGAAGCAGCUGGCCCUCAUGGCCGCCUCGCCCGCCCCCAAGGUCUCGGACGACGCCUCGCCCAUGGACCAGUACCGCCUCACCAUGGCCCAGCGCUACCGCCAGCAGAUCCAGCACAUCAUGGACGCCGACCUGCUGGCCCAAGACCCGGACGCCAUCACCCCGGCUCCCAUCACCACCACCAGCCAGAUUACCAACGCCAUCCUCACCGCCGACUUUGACGAGGUCGAGGUGGAAGAGGAGGAAGACGACGAGCUGCUGCCGCCCUACGAGGAGGAGGACAACGCCUCGGACUGCACCAUCACCGUCCAGGAGAUCGACUCGCCCGACACGCCCUCGGACAACAACACGCUCGGCACCAGCCACUUCUUCGCCGACUACUCGGCCGUCAACGGCGAGCGCCCCAACAGCGCCUCGUCGGAGCCCACGUCCAUCGUGCAGGUCGACUUUGAGCCGAAGCAGCUGGGCCGCGCCCGCGCCCUGACCCUCACCAAGAAGGGCGCCGUCAGCGUCGUCGAGAAGCCGAGCGCCUGCCGCGAGCACCACUUCCUGCGGCCGCGCAGCCGGAGCAACAGCGCCGGCAACAAGGGGGAUGCCACGGCCCGCCCCAAAAUCAGCUCCCGCAACUCCAAGGUGCGCAAGCAGCUGGCCUCGCUCUUCGGCUCCAAGGCCCACGACCAUUCCCGCCAAACCACGACGGUCCGCACCGGCGCCGUCCUAUGA